AGUGCCAGCCGGCGGUUGGUUCGCUCGCUCGCUCGCUUGCUGCCUGCCGCGCGGCGAUGACGGCCACCGCCAGCUGCUGCUCCAGCCCCGUCGCGUGGGCGCGGCCACGAGCCGCCCCCGCAAGCGCGAGCGCGGCAGCCCUGCGCGUGGGCCGGUGUCCCGCGGUAGCGGUCGCGGUGGCGGCGCCCGACGUGGCGUUCCACCCGGACGUGUCCCGCGCGGCGGAGUCGCUGCAGGCGGAGUUCCGCGCCGUGGACCGCGCCAUCGCCCUCAACUCCUCCCGCGUCGCCGCCGCCUUCCGCCGAGCGCGCGUCGCCCCGCACCAUUUCGGCGGGUCGACGGGGUACGGCCACGACGACGGUGGCGGGCGGGAGGCGCUGGACUCCGUCUUCGCCGACAUCGUUGGCGCGGAGGCUGCCAUUGUGCGCCCCCAGUUCUUUUCCGGUACUCACGCCAUUGCAUGUGCGCUGUUUGCGCUUCUGAGGCCUGGGCAUGAGCUCCUGGCAGUCGCUGGGCCGCCGUACGACACCUUAGAGGAGGUGAUUGGGAUCAGGGGGUCGGCCAAUGUAGGGUCACUCAAGGAUUUCGGAGUGGCGUACCGAGAAGUUCCGCUUGCAGCAGAUGGUGGCCUUGAUUGGGAUGCUCUGGCUUGCUCCAUCAGGCCGGAAACUGGAUGUGCCUUCAUACAGAGAUCUUGUGGGUAUUCGUGGCGCAAGAGUUUAAGCGUAGCAGAUAUUCACAGAGCUAUAGAUUUGAUCAAGAUGCAAAAUCCAAACUGCAUGGUGAUGGUUGACAAUUGCUAUGGUGAAUUUGUUGAGACAUCAGAACCUGCAAUGGUGGGAGCAGACUUGAUUGCUGGCAGUUUGAUAAAGAAUCCAGGUGGAACUAUUGCACCUUGUGGUGGUUAUGUUGCUGGGAAGAAACAUUUAGUUGAAGCAGCUGCAGCUCGUCUAUCUGCACCUGGCCUUGGGGUGGAAUUUGGAUCAACACCUGGCCAUGUUAUGCGGUCAUUGUUUCAAGGCUUGUUUCUUGCUCCACAAACGGUUGGAGAAGCAGUAAAAGGAGGAUUGCUAAUUGCAGAAGUCAUGUCAGCCAAGGGGUACAGAGUUCAACCACUUCCGAGUGUUCCUCGCCAUGACAUUGUGCAGGCAGUGGAGCUUGGCAGCAGGGAAAGACUCAUAGCAUUCUGUGAAGUAGUUCAACAAACUUGUCCAGUAGGAUCUUUCAUCAAACCAACUGCUGGGGAAACCCCUGGCUAUGCUUCAGAGGUCAUUUUCGCUGACGGAACAUUCAUAGAUGGAAGCACAAGUGAACUAUCAUGUGAUGGACCCUUAAGAGAUCCAUAUGCUGUCUUCUGCCAGGGAGGAACACAUUGGACGCAGUGGGCGCUUGUCCUUAGUGAUGUUCUGAAGGUCAUAUAACAUUGUGGUGUGAUAAUACUCACAUUUCUGGUCUAUGAGUGAAUCCCUUGUCACUCCUGAAUCCCACAUGCAUCAGCUGAAAGGACAGAGGAAUUAGCCUAGUUGUGGGUUACAGUUACAUGACUAAAUCUAAAUGAAAAUUGUGUAAGAGUUGAAGCAUGGCAUAAGGAGGAGAAUGUGUCGUCAAAGGGAAAAGUUCAGUAAGACUGCCUAAUGAACAUCCCCCAUGAAGCGUGGCAAGCAUAGAAGGGCUUCAGUCAAGUUGUUACGUCGUAACCAUACAGUGGUUACUGGUUAGAAUACGCAAGGACACAAGGCAUUUGGUUGAGAGCAGCACCUUUUGCAUUUCCGAUCGGUGAUGUACUUGUAGUGCAGAAGCUGGUAGAUGAUUACAUGGCGAUAGUGCCGGAUAUGUUUGUAGCCAAAUGCAACAUAGAACCUGGAUUAUGAUGAUCAAGCAAUGGCUCAGAUUCCACCGAGCACGAGGAAAGCCUAACUAAAGCACGAACAACCCUAUAAUAGCAUCUGUCUCCAGGACAAUGUUGGCUGAAAAUACUGUUUGCUGAUUUUGUGAAAGAAAAACAUUGUUGAAUGAUU